GAUUUCUUUUUGUCUUCUUUUUACUUUUUCUUGAUUCUUCCUUUUCUUCUUUGUUUUCUUCUGUUUGAGGGAAAUUUCUUUGAUCUUUGUGGUUUGAUCCUGGCCGGUUGUCUUGUGAUGGUUGUUAACCCUUCUGUUUCCGGUUCUAUUCCGGCUUCUGUUUCUGGCUCCGUUCCGGUCGUCGCUUCUGGUUCUGUUCUGGUCACGGUUUCUGGCUCUGAUCUGGUCAUGGCUUCGGCUUCUGGUUCUUUUCCGGUUGCUGCUUCCGGCUCUACUCCGUUCUCUGCUUCCGGUUUCGCUCCAUCCUCUGGUUCCGGCUCUGUUCUGGCCUCUGCCUCUGGUGGCCCUUCCGUUGAUGACAUGGGUGUCCUUCCCUCUUCUUCUGCGCAGCUCCUCCAAACGGUGCCCCAAUUCCAACUGCCGAGAUCGUGAAAAGAGGCGAGACAGGGAACGCUACUUGGGAUGCUACAAUUGCCAGCAUGAGGAGGAAGCCAAGGAGCGUGAGUGUGCGUGGUUGGAGAAAUUCGCAGAUCGAGAUCGUGAGAAGGAGUUGAAGGUCAUUAAAGAAGAGUACAUUGGAUCAAAAUCCUCACAAGGCCCAGCUCGAGGGUUCCUAGCCGGAGCUUGUUGUCAAGAAUGUGAGAGAGAUGUAUGUAGUCCCUUGCUAAGUUGAUUGUGCUUGAUGGCAUCUCUGAGUUUGAGAGCAUGGAUGUUGUUGUGUAGGUUUAAACUGAUCCAAAGUUCAAGAAAGUUUAUGAUUAAGGUUCAAUGCAUGUUCCUUUGGGUAGAUCUCUGGUUGAAGUAGAGUAAGGAUUGGGCAGCUUUUGAGGAUCAGAGGAUUCUGUUAUAGCUAUUCACAGUUGGAGUAGUUUUGUAAAUGCGGAGAUUCUUAAGGUUUAUGAUGCUGGUUCCCAUUGUCUGUAUAUUUUCUGCAACUCAUUGGUACUUUGGAUUCCUGCUGCUUGCAUGCUAAGGUUGAUCUUAUUUAGAUACGAGGGAAGAGCAAAGGUAUGAUAAACCUGUGUUGUUAGUUUAAGAAUGCUAUGAUGUAUUAAAAAAGAAGAAAGAACUUAUCCCUUUUGCUGCUUUUGUCUUGAAGUGUCCAAUUCUUUGUAGCGCAUAUUGCAUAGCU